AGCUUCUCUAAAAUUGCGACAGAAUUGUAUAUUCAGAGCUUUAAACACUAAUUUUCCCCAACCUAUACCCAAAGACUUCCUUUUUUCGAACAUCAUCGCACUGCCGCAUAAACAAUGGAUACGCAGGGUUGGAUGGCACUAAAUUAAUUGAAUUCGGAUCUUUUUCAUUAAUCUUUCUCUCUCUCUCUCUCUUUUAAAUAAGUGUAAGAAAAUGAGAAAGUAUGGAAGAAGACUUUCAAACACUCUUAACAUUCAUUUUUCAUUCAUUUAAUUGAAUUAUAUGGAUUUUUUAUUUUGGAAAUUCACUCAAUUUUGAGAUUAAGAUACAGUUUUAAAUUAAACACAUGCUUAAUUAAAGUCAAUGAUCUUCUCCAAAGAGCAAAAGUGUACUCAUCAACCACACUUUUUUAAGUCCUUAAAAGGACUUUUUUAUGACCCGCGUUUAGAGGUACUUACAACGUGACAACAAUAAAAAAGUGCGUGAUAUAAUAAAAAUCUACUAAAAUAAGCUAAAAGCUAAAAAGCUCGUGAUUCGAUAACAAUAGCUUUUUUCAACACUAGUGUAAGAUUCCAGUGUACACUACAAACACCACCUCCAUCAUUCACACAAGAGACACUCACUCACACACAACAAAUCAUUAUAACAAACUCUCUCUCUCUAACUGAUUAGAGAGAUUGCAGUUAUGGCUUCAACGACGACAAUGCGGUUCCCGACGAAUUCCACCGUCACCGCCGUAACCGAAUCAUUUCCUCGCCGUAACUCCAUUUCCGGAUUCAUUUCUUCCAGAUCUUCUUUCUCGCAUUCCAAAUCGAUCUUCCUCCGAAGAACUUUUAACUAUCGUUCUGUUAAUCAUAAUUUGAAUCUUAGGAGAAGAAAUUCUUUCUCUGUUGUGAAGUGUGUUUCUGGUAAACAGAAAGUCAAGGAUACUGAACUUCAACAACAAGAAGCUACAACCUCUCUGAGCUCAUUUGCACCAGAUGCUACUUCCAUUGUGUCAAGUAUUAAGUACCAUGCAGAGUUCACUCCACUGUUUUCUCCAGAGAAAUUUGAGAUUCCACAGGCUUACAUUGCAACUGCACAGACUGUUCGUGAUGCUCUCAUAAUAAACUGGAAUGCUACUUAUGAAUACUAUGAGAAGCUGAAUGUUAAGCAGGCAUAUUACCUUUCAAUGGAAUUUUUGCAGGGUAGAGCAUUAUUGAAUGCAAUUGGAAAUUUGGAGUUAACUGGUCCCUAUGCAGAGGCUUUGAGCCAGCUUGGUUAUAAACUAGAAAAUGUGGCGCACCAGGAGCCAGAUGCUGCACUUGGAAAUGGGGGUCUUGGACGCCUUGCUUCAUGUUUUUUGGACUCUUUGGCGACCUUGAACUAUCCAGCAUGGGGUUAUGGGCUGAGAUACAAGUAUGGCUUAUUUAAACAACGAAUAACCAAAGAUGGGCAGGAGGAAGUUGCUGAAGAUUGGCUUGAGAUGGGAAAUCCCUGGGAGAUCAUUAGAAAUGACGUCUCAUAUCCUAUAAGGUUCUAUGGGAAAGUUGUUUCAGGCUCAGAUGGUAAAAAACAUUGGGUUGGAGGAGAAGAUAUUAAAGCUGUUGCACAUGAUGUCCCCAUACCCGGAUAUAAGACCAAAAGCACAGUUAACCUCAGACUUUGGUCUACAAAAGCUGCAUCCGAAGACUUUGAUUUAUCUGCUUUUAAUUCUGGAAGGCACACUGAAGCAUCUGAGGCUCUAGCAAAUGCUGAAAAGAUUUGCUAUAUACUCUACCCUGGGGAUGAAUCAAUAGAGGGAAAAACCCUUCGCCUCAAGCAACAAUAUACUUUAUGUUCUGCUUCUCUUCAAGAUAUCAUUGCUCGUUUUGAGACAAGAUCAGGAGCAAGUUUGAAUUGGGAAGAGUUUCCUGAAAAGGUUGCAGUGCAGAUGAAUGAUACUCACCCAACCUUGUGCAUUCCAGAGCUGAUGAGAAUCCUGAUAGAUAUAAAGGGUUUAAGCUGGAAGGAUGCUUGGAAUAUCACCCAACGGACUGUAGCAUACACAAACCAUACUGUUCUCCCUGAGGCAUUAGAGAAAUGGAGCUUGGAUCUCAUGGAGAAACUGCUUCCACGCCAUGUCGAGAUUAUAGAAUUGAUUGAUGAGGAGCUGGUUCGGACUAUAGUCGCAGAAUAUGGCACAGCAGAUUCAGACUUACUGGAAAAGAAAUUGAAGGAAAUGAGAAUACUAGAAAAUGUUGAAUUGCCUGCUGAAUUUGCUGAUAUACUGGUUAAAUCCAAGGAGUCCGUUGAUAUUUCCAGUGAAGGAGAAGAAGACGGUGAUGGUAAUGAUGAUGAAGUUGAAGAAGCAGUUUCUGAAAAAGAUGGGACAGAAAAAAGUUCCACAGAGGAUAAGAUAGAGGAGUUGCCUGAGCCAGUACCAGAACCACCAAAAUUGGUUCGUAUGGCCAAUCUCUCUGUUGUGGGUGGUCAUGUAGUGAAUGGAGUUGCAGAGAUACAUAGUGAAAUUGUCAAGGAUGAUGUGUUCAAUGCAUUUUAUAAGUUAUGGCCUGAGAAAUUCCAAAACAAAACAAAUGGUGUGACACCAAGAAGAUGGAUCAGGUUCUGUAAUCCAGAUUUGAGUAAAAUAAUAACUCAGUGGAUAGGCACAGAAGAUUGGGUCCUAAAUACUGAGAAACUGGCUGAACUGCGGAAGUUUGCAGAUAAGGAGGAUCUACAAAAGCAAUGGAGGGAAGCAAAAAGGAAUAACAAAGUGAAAGUUGCAGCAUUCAUCAAAGAAAGAACAGGAUAUUCUGUCAGUCCUGAUGCAAUGUAUGACAUCCAGGUGAAAAGAAUCCACGAAUAUAAACGACAACUAUUAAAUAUUUUUGGAAUUGUUUACCGCUACAAGAAGAUGAAAGAAAUGAGUGCUGCAGAAAGGAAAGAAAGUUUUGUUCCAAGAGUUUGUAUAUUUGGAGGAAAAGCAUUUGCUACAUAUGUGCAAGCCAAGAGAAUUGUGAAAUUUAUCACAGAUGUUGGGGCAACUGUAAAUCAUGAUCCUGAAAUAGGAGAUCUUCUUAAGGUUAUCUUUGUCCCCGACUACAAUGUCAGUGUUGCAGAGAUCCUUAUUCCAGCUAGUGAAUUGUCGCAACAUAUCAGUACUGCUGGAAUGGAGGCAAGUGGAACUAGCAACAUGAAAUUUGCAAUGAAUGGAUGCUUACAGAUUGGAACUUUAGAUGGGGCCAAUGUUGAAAUAAGGGAAGAAGUUGGUGAAGAUAACUUCUUCCUCUUUGGUGCUAAGGCUCAUGAAAUUGCUGGGCUGAGGAAAGAAAGAGCAGAGGGAAAGUUUGUCCCUGAUCCACGAUUCGAAGAAGUUAAAAAAUUUGUCAGAAGUGGUGUUUUUGGGCCUUACAACUAUGAUGAACUGAUUGGAUCCUUAGAAGGAAAUGAAGGUUUUGGUCGAGCAGAUUAUUUUCUUGUGGCCAAGGACUUCCCUAGCUACUUAGAAUGCCAGGAGGAGGUUGAUGAAGCUUAUCGCGACCAAAAAAAAUGGACAAAAAUGUCAAUAUUGAACACAGCAGGCUCAUCCAAGUUCAGCAGUGACCGUACCAUUCAUGAAUAUGCACGCGAGAUAUGGAAUAUUGAGCCAGUCAAAUUGCCAUAGAAGAGGGGUAAUCUAUACUAUACCCUUUGUAAUAGCAGAGAAUCGGCGCCACAUCGUAAUGUGAUCGCUGCUUUACCAAUUACACGGAACAAAAAAUAAACAGCAAUUUUGUAAAAAAAAAUAAGGGCUUGGCUUUUGUUGUCCACCAAAAUAAGUCUGCAUUUCUGUAAUAUAUGUAUGUAUUAUGUUUAUUACUCCCCACCAUUGCCCUGUAAACGUGCGCUACCAAGUAAAGCAGAACUUUGUCUACUACUGUAUAUCAGCUUCUAUAUUGUUGUUUCAUGCCUUAAUUCUCA